GGCGGCGGCGGCAGCGGAGCCCGGAGGGGAGCCGGUUCGGAGCGGGCCGCCGGGCCCCAAACCGAGGGGGCGUCUGGGGCGUCAGGGAGCUCCCUCGUCUGGGCCUCGGCGGCCUGAUGGAGUAAGAGGGGUCGCCUGUGAGUGUGUGACGUUGAGUGCUUCAGAUCGUCAGUAUGGUACGAGAACGAAAAUGCAUAUUGUGCCACAUUGUGUACGGCUCAAAAAAGGAGAUGGACGAACACAUGCGGAGCAUGUUGCAUCACAGGGAACUUGAGAACCUGAAGGGCAGGGACAGUAGUCAUGAGUGCCGAGUGUGCGGGGUCACAGAAGUGGGUCUCUCUGCAUACGCAAAGCACAUUUCUGGCCAGUUGCAUAAAGAUAACGUUGAUGCCCAGGAAAGAGAAGAUGGUGGAAAGGGAGAAGAAGAAGAAGAAGAUUAUUUUGACAAGGAACUCGUUCAGUUAAUAAAACAAAGGAAAGAACAAAGUCGACAAGAUGAACCUUCCAAUAGCAGCCAAGAAAUAAACUCUGAUGACAGGCGACCCCAAUGGAGACGAGAAGACCGAAUCCCUUACCAAGACAGAGAGAGCUACAGUCAGCCAGCAUGGCAUCAUCGUGGACCUCCUCAGCGGGAAUGGAAAUGGGAGAAAGAUGGCUUUAACAAUACUAGGAAAAACAGCUUUUCACAUUCUUUGAGGAAUAGUGGUGGACCAAGAGGAUGUUCCGGGUGGCAUAAGGGUGUUGCGGGAGGCUCCUCAACUUGGUUUCACAACCACAGUAAUUCUGGAGGUGGUUGGCAUUCAAAUAGUGGAACAGUAGAUUGGAAUCAUAGUGGUACAGGAAGGAAUUCCAGUUGGCAUUCUGAAGGAACAGGUGGCUUUUCCAGUUGGCAUGUGAACAGCAGUAAUGGAAACUGGAAAUCCAGUGUCCGUAGUACAAAUGGUUGGAAUUACAGUGGCCCCGGAGACAAAUUUCAACCAGGCAGAAACAGAAAUUCUAACUGUCAAAUGGCAGACAUGAGUAUGCCAUGGAACAAGAAAUCUAAGUCAAACAAAUACAAUCAAGAGAGAUAUAAUUGGCAGCGGCAAGAAAAUGACAAAGUUGGUACGGUUGCCACAUAUGGAGAUCCUUCUGAAGGAUUUACAAGUGAUAAAUUUCCUUCAGAAGGCUUAUUUGACUUCAAUUUUGAGCAGCUGGAAAGCCAAGACACUAAACAAACAGACACCAUAGCUUCCAAAAUUGGUGGAAAGAAUGGCAGCAUAGCGAGGGAAAAGCUCCGUCGCUGGACACCUUACCCUUCCCAGAAGACUCUGGAUUUACAGUCAGGAAAGAAAGAAGUCACUGGUAACAAGUCAGAAAUGAUAGAUAAGCCUUUCUUUGAUUUUAGCUUGACAACCACAGGAAUACAAGAGCCCCAAAUUGAUGAAACAAAUAAUUCCCCAAUGCUGAAAACACGAAAAGAAACACAUACUGGAUCUCUUAAUCACAAAGCCACUUCUGACUGCACUGCUUCCUAUGAGGUGGUGAGAGAAUGCCCCAUUACAGAAAAACCUGAACAAGAGCAUAGCUUAAAUAAGAUGCCGACAUUAAAAUCCCCACUCCUUCCAAUUCCAGUCACUAAAUCAGUUCCUCAAAAGCAAGAUUCAAAGAAUCCCUCAAAAAAUACCAAGAUGAAUUCUUUUUUUCCUGGAGAACACUCAAAUCCCUUAAACAAACCCACUAUGGAAGACAAUCAUGGUUCUUCUUACAUAUCCAAAUUGCGAAGUUCAUGUCCUCGUGUUUCAAUAGGGAAUAAAAGUACAUUUGGCACUCAGAGGGAACCUGAUGAAAAUUUAAGUGAUACAUUACAAAAAGUCAAAGAAGUGCUACAAUGUCAUGAGUCUUUGCAAAAUCCACUUCUUAGCACUUCUAAAAAGACCAGGAACUAUGCAAAAGCAAGUAGGAAUGUAGAAGAGUCUGAAAAAGGAUCUUUGAAGAUUGAGUUUCAAGUACACGCAUUGCAAGAAGAAAGUGAUGGAGAGAUAUCUGACACAGAAAAGCAUGGAGCAAAAAUUGGAACCCUGGGUUCUGCAACUACAGAAGUUUUAUCCUGCAGCACUCACGCUGCUGAUAAGAACGAGGGGGAUGACCAGAACCUGAAAACAUCUAGAAAACUAUCCGCUUCGCCAUGUAAUUCAACAGUUCACCAGAAAGAAUCUGAGCUACAAAUGACAUCUGCAGCCAGUCCACACUCUGGCUUACUGCUAGACUUGAAAAGCUCUCUAGAAGAUGCACAGGCUGAUGACCUUGUUAAAUCUCCUGUGUCUUAUGAAACAGAAGGUUUUGAGAGUACGAGCUUGGAUGCAGAGCUUCAGAAAAGUGAUAUAGGUCAACCCUCAGGCCCUCUCCUGCCUGAACUGAGUAAGCUUGGCUUUCCUGCCUCGCUCCAGAGAGAUCUAACCCGGCACAUUAGUUUGAAGAGCAAAACUGGAGCACACCUGCCAGAGCCAAACCUCAAUAGUGCUCGCCGCAUUCGCAAUAUUAGCGGUCAUCGAAAGAGUGAGACAGAGAAGGAGUCUGGGCUAAAGCCAACCCUUCGGCAGAUUCUAAAUGCAUCUCGGAGAAACGUCAACUGGGAACAGGUCAUUCAGCAAGUAACCAAGAAAAAGCAAGAGCUAGGCAAAGGCUUACCCAGGUUUGGCAUAGAAAUGGUGCCUCUAGUUCAAAACGAACAAGAGGUCUUAGAUUUGGAUGGGGAUCCUGAUCUGUCCAAUCUAGAAGGAUUCCACUGGGAAGGCGUUUCCAUUUCUUCAUCCCCUGGGUUGGCAAGGAAGCGAAGCCUUUCUGAGAGCAGCGUCAUCAUGGACAGGGCUCCUUCUGUGUAUAGCUUCUUCAGUGAGGAAGGUACAGGCAAAGAAAAUGAGCCCCAGCAGAUUUUUCCACCUAGUAACUCAUUGAGGGCUGCACAGAGUCAGAAAACAACCAUGGGCCUCAAGCAGGAAGUGACACCUCUGGCUGCCUCCCUAAGACAAGGUGAAAGGGCUGAAAAUGUUGCUACUCGAAGACGACAUAGUGCGCAAUUAUCCUCUGACUGUACAAUACCUUUGAUGCAUUUGGCAAAAGACCUGAACAGCCAGGAGAGUUCUACACCACCUUCAGAGAAUCAGAAUGCCCAGGAGAGUAAUGGAGAAGGAAACUCUUUAUCAUCAAAUGCAUCCUCAGCGCUUGCAAUCUCUGGUUUGGCGGAUGCAGCCACAGAUAGUAGCUGUACCUCUGGUGCUGAACAAAAUGAUGGCCAGAGUAUUAGAAAGAAACGAAGAGCCACUGGAGAUGGAUCUUCUCCUGAACUCCCAAGUCUUGAGAGAAAAAAUAAAAGAAGGAAAAUUAAAGGAAAGAAAGAACGGUCUCAGGUUGACCAGCUGCUGAAUAUUUCUUUAAGGGAGGAAGAACUAAGCAAAUCAUUGCAGUGCAUGGAUAACAACCUUCUGCAAGCCCGUGCAGCGCUUCAGACAGCUUAUGUUGAAGUUCAGAGGCUACUUAUGCUCAAGCAGCAGAUAACUAUGGAGAUGAGUGCACUGAGGACCCAUAGAAUACAGAUUCUACAGGGAUUACAAGAAACAUACGAACCUUCUGAGCGCCCAGACCAGGUUCCCUGUAGCCUUACACGAGAACAAAGGAACAGUAGAUCUCAAACGUCUGCCGAUGCCAUGCUGCUGCCUACUCCCUUUUUCCCAGUUUUUCUGGAGCCUCCAUCUUCCCAUGUGUCGCCAUCAUCCACUGGAGUACCUUUCCAAGUAACCACAUCUCCUGCUUUCCAAGCCCAUGGCAUGGUUCCUGCUCCAGACUCAUCGGUUCAGAUUAAACAAGAACCCAUGUCUCCUGGACAAGACGAAAAUGUGAAUGCUGUGUCACAAGGCUCUGCUUGCAAUGCGUCCAAGGAAUUACUGCAAGCUGAUAGAGAGAUCAGUGACAAUUGUCCAGUUUAUCCAGGUAUCGCUGCAACAUUGUCCUUAUCAGAGCUGACAGAAAGUUUCCAUGAGCCUAGCCAAGAACUGAAGUUUUCCGUGGAGCAAGGAAAUACCAGAAACAGAGAAAACAUUCCCUCUUCCCAAUCAGCUGGUCUUCCUAGCAUAAAUAAAGAAGAUGAAGAGGCAACCAAAGGCAACAGUGGAUCUGAAGCCUGUACCAGUUCUUUCCCAAGAUUGUCCUUUGCUUCAGAAACCCCUUUAGAGAAGGAGCCCCACUCUCCAGCUGACCAACCUGAACAACAGGCAGAGUCCACUCUGACAUCAGCUGAAACUAGGGGAAGCAAGAAAAAGAAGAAACUUAGGAAGAAGAAAACUCUACGGGCUGCCCAUGUUCCUGAGAACAGUGACACUGAACAGGAUGUAUUUACUGCUAAACCCAUAAGGAAACUAAAAACUGGCAGGUCAGCUAAAGGGGGGAAAGUAACAACGUCCACCUGGGAAGAUAGCAGAACUGGCCCAGAACAAGAGAGUGUCAGAGAUGAGCCAGAGAGUGACUCGUCUCUGGAAGUGCUAGAAAUUCCUAAUCCUCAGUUAGAAGUAGUAGCUAUUGAUUCUUCUGAAUCUGGAGAAGAGAAACCAGACAGCCCAUCUAAAAAGGAUAUUUGGAACUCCACAGAGCAAAAUUCAAUAGAAACUUCUCGUUCUGGUUGUGAUGAAGUGAGCUCUACCAGUGAGAUUGGCACGCGCUAUAAGGAUGGCAUCCCUGUAAGUGUGGCAGAAACUCAGACUGUGAUCUCCUCCAUAAAAGGAUCGAAGAACUCUUCAGAAAUAUCUUCAGAGCCAGGAGAUGACGAUGAGCCCACAGAAGGGAGCUUUGAGGGGCACCAAGCUGCAGUGAAUGCAAUUCAGAUAUUUGGGAACUUACUGUAUACCUGUUCAGCAGAUAAAACUGUCCGAGCUUAUAAUCUGGUUAGUCGGAAGUGCAUUGGUGUCUUUGAGGGCCAUACCUCCAAAGUGAAUUGCCUCUUGGUUACUCAGACCUCUGGGAAGAAUGCUGCCCUUUACACUGGUUCCAGUGAUCACACCAUUCGCUGUUAUAAUGUUAAGACACGAGAAUGUGUGGAGCAGUUACAGCUGGAAGACCGGGUUCUCUGCCUCCACAGUAGAUGGCGAAUCCUCUAUGCAGGAUUGGCAAAUGGCACUGUGGUCACCUUCAACAUAAAGAACAACAAACGACUUGAAAUCUUUGAGUGCCAUGGCCCUCGGGCCGUCAGCUGUCUUGCCACAGCUCAGGAAGGUGCCCGAAAGCUGCUGGUUGUGGGAUCUUAUGACUGUACCAUUAGUGUACGCGAUGCACGGAAUGGACUGCUCCUUAGAACUCUGGAGGGCCACAGCAAAACCAUUCUUUGCAUGAAGGUGGUGAAUGACCUUGUGUUCAGUGGCUCCAGUGAUCAAUCAGUCCAUGCCCACAACAUUCAUACUGGUGAGCUUGUACGGAUCUAUAAAGGUCACAAUCAUGCAGUGACUGUGGUGAACAUCCUGGGAAAAGUGAUGGUGACUGCUUGCCUGGAUAAAUUUGUUCGUGUCUACGAAUUACAGUCCCAUGAUCGAUUGCAAGUUUAUGGAGGACACAAAGACAUGAUUAUGUGUAUGACCAUCCAUAAAAGUAUGAUUUAUACUGGUUGUUAUGAUGGCAGUAUUCAGUCCGUGAGGCUAAAUCUGAUGCAGAAUUACCGCUGUUGGUGGCAUGGUUGCUCUCUGAUAUUCGGUGUUAUAGAUCAUUUAAAACAGCAUUUGCUGACUGACCACACGAAUCCGAACUUUCAAACUCUGAAGUGUCGCUGGAAGAACUGUGAUGCUUUUUUUACUGCUAGGAAAGGAUCCAAACAGGAUGCUGCAGGCCACAUUGAACGACAUGCUGAGGAUGACAGCAAAAUUGAUUCAUGAAGUUUUUUGCCUCCCAUGUUGGGAAGUCAUUAGUUGAACUAAUUUCACAUCAGCCCCUCACACAGGCCAAUCUCUUCCCUUCCCCAGUGAAGCAGGGAAGGAGAAAGGGGUUACUAGCCAGGCUUACCACUAGCCUAAGUCUGGGCAGCUCUAUGGGAUGAUAGGGUACAUUUUAAGUUCUUGCUGGAGGUUUGUCCGAUUUAUCUGAUUUUUAAGGAACCACACUCCUCUCGGACAGCAUGGCGUAUAGUAAUUUAUGCUUCUAGUGUUCUCCAGAUGUUUAUUAAAGAUACAGAUCUUAAUUAGUUACCCAAUUUGACCCUAAUCUUAGUAUAUUUUAUUGAUUUCAGUUUGUGAUUUUUAGUUUAUGUUCUUAUGAUGGUUUAAACCUAUAGUCAGGCUUUUAAGUACAAGUUUGUUCAAAUGCUAGAUUUUGGGGAUCAGUUUUGAUUUCUCCACUUGUAAUAACUGGGUAUUUAAAUUGGAAGCAAAUAGUUUCCCUUCUUAAUUAACAAUUAUGUGCAGUGUGUUUCAAUAUUCUCUUGCUUUGUAGAUGGACGGAGCUGACUUUAAAUGCUAAAGAGACACACAGUAGAUUUUUAACAGUUAGAGUGACUGCUGAUUAUAUUUUAGGAACUCAGACAGCAAAUCACUUAAUGACAAGUCCUUACAGACGGCACUCCGUAUUGAACCUCUGUGUAAGAUUUGGUAGAGUGCUCGGUUCAAGACAGUGCACAGGCCUAACGUCUACCUUGAAAUUUUGCUGUUAGACCUGGGCCCUCACUGCUGCAGGUAUUGUCAGGCCAUUUGAACUGGAGGUGUCGCCUUUAUCUCCCUUUCCAGUUUCUGACUCUGCAAGCCUACUGUGGGUUUGAAACCUUUUAGUUUGCCCCAUUGCCAACCCCUAUCUCUCCCACUAUCUAGCUGUGCCUAGACUGAUGGCAGCCAUCAAAUACUUCCUUUGGGCUCGCAGGUGCUUCCCCCACACCUGCAGCACCCAAGA